AAGUGCAACAGUCUUUCUCUGGAUGCAGUCCGGAGUGAAAUGUGAAAAUUUCCUCUCGUAUCACUAAAAAAGGGAACUUCAAGUGUUCCAUGCCAGACUGGCAAACUCGACUUGAAGGAUCCGAGUUGGAACACCCUUAGAGAACAUUGAUUCCAGUGGCAUCUUUGAAAGCUCUUGAUUUGAAGUGACGGGGAACUUCGCAUCACUCAUUGUCGGUCCACUUGCUUCCAUUGAACAGAUCCCACCCUCCAAGAAUGGUAAUUGAGCCUUGCCAGUCAGGUCUCUAUUGAGUGUGUUGUUUGUCUACCCUCGUGAAGAAAUAUGGCUUCUGUGGAGGCGAUUGGCAAGCCCAAUGAUUCUGGAUCAGGAGGAUUGGCCCAAAAAUCCGGAAAAUCAAUGGAUCCUUGCGAGUCUGGAACGGAACAGACAAAUCGGGGACGAGGCAACACCUGGAGAUGCCCGGAUCCAGGAUGUAAGCGAGAGAAUCAGAAGUCGGACCAGGCCUGCACUCAAUGCAGCUUGCCCAGCCAAUCUGCCCAGCAAUUCAAGAAAGGUCAUCGUGGGGGGAGAAACAAUCGCGGGAGUCGUGGAGGAAGAGGUGGUGGAGGUGGAGGUGGUCAUUAUUCGAAAUUCCACAGCCGUGAACCCAAGACCUUGCCCAAAGGAGUCGAUCCGAACAACCCGAUCAUACAACAAUUUCAAGAGCAUGCCAGAAUUUUGGAUGAGAAGAACGAUAAAUAUGAACGAAUCGUCAAGCUCUCUCGCGAUAUUACCGUGGAAAGCAAGCGAGUCAUCUUUCUUCUCCACCGAAUCACUUGCGAGGACGACAAACCCGCGGUGCUUGGCGAGGCCGAGAUCAAAUUGGGCGACAUUCGAAAGCGUUUGUGGUACUACGUGGCCUCAGAGCUCGUUAACGAAGACCCUUACAAGUUCCUUCGGGCCUACACUGGUGGGCUCCAGGAAUAUGUGGAGGCCUUAUCGUUCUAUCAUUACAUCUGCUAUGAUGAGCUCAUCUCUUGGGAAAAGGUUCAAGAGGAGCUCCACUUCCAAAGGAACGCGCAUCGCCCAAAAGAUGAAGUCAAAGACCCGCUAGACCCGAAGGCCGCUCAAGCCAGGGAGACUAUACCCACUAAAGAACAGACCGAGGACGAGGACGCUGGAGAUUCGGUCAGUGUUGCCAUUCAAGAGGAAGCCCAUCCUGAGCCCAAGUCGGAUUCGUCGGGUGGCAACACUAACCUGAAGGGCUCGACGGCCAAGAAGAGUCUCCAGGUGCUUGUGCCUAAGACGGAUUUCGUCCUCGGUUUGGCGGACUUGACGGGUGAAGUCAUGCGUCAAGCCAUUAACUUCAUCGGAUUGGGAAACACUCAAGCUUGCUUUGACCUCAUGGAGUUCCUUCAUGCCAUGCACGAUGGGUUCCUGGAUGUGGGCUAUCGGCACGACAUGCGCCGCGAGAUGUCGCGUAAGAUCAACGUCCUCAACCACAGCCUCCAAAAAGUGGAGAACGCCUGCUACAGCAUCAAUGUCCGAGGUUCGGAGUUUCCGUCCAAGACACAUUUGGCGGACUUGCUCUUGAACUCGCGCGAGUCUCACGUUGCCGAUCCAACGGGUCCCAUGGGUGACGAAACUGACGGACCCACCGAUUGCGAUCCUUACCUCUAGAGACAGACGAACCCCGAUUGUGUCUCCUCACAUCGACACACACACCCUCAAGCCAAAUUGCGAUCCACACGAAAAACCCGCGUCCAUUUUAUUUCCCAUUUCCUGUCUGUCUUCAUUUGAGUCUCCCUUCCCCCCGUCCGUUUCCCCAUUUCCCUCCCCCGUAUUAUGUAUGUUGGUUUGGAAUUGAAGGCCCAACUCGAUUAUAAAGUAAUGGCUCCCCAGUCUCCUUAAGACAAAGAAUAAUCGUCAUGAGAUCCUGCGUGUUUGUUUGUCCCGGUGUGAGUGUGAAGAAAACAUACGAAUGAGAAUCAUGAUACAAAGAUCGAUUGACAACGAGGUUCUGGCCCUGAAGCAGCUCCAUUUCCCCUCGGUUGCUUCGACGAAGAACCAUUUGUUGGCAACUUCUCUCCCCCCGCCCCCAAAACUCGCUAUGAAGUAAGAAGAUAUUGUAAGACAGAAAGAAACUCGAUGUUUAACGAACCAGAAUAAGAAGUAAUAAACCAAGUUAUUCCACA